UGUUAAAUAGUAGUACUAAAUUUUUGUGUAUAGAAGUAUGUACAUAGCUGGUGUGUAAAAUUAUUGAAUUAUUUGUUCUGCUGAUGCUUAGUUCAAAAUUAAUUCAAUUAGCUGUUCAAUCUGAAUGGUAUACAUAUUUGCUUACGCCUUACACAUGGAGAGUUAAUUUGAGCACCUUUCUGGUUCGCUUUGUUCAUAUUGCUCUGAAAAUUAAUGAUUAAUUCAUUGUACCUGCAAUUUAUUUGGGUGUAUGAUUAUGGUUCGUGAAUUUGCUGUUGAUUAUAUAUAUUCAUUCCUACAUACAGAUGCCAAGAGGUUGAUUGGUAGAAGGUUCAGUGAUCCGUCGGUUCAGAGUGACAUGAAGCACUGGCCAUUCAAGGUUGUUGCAGGGCCUGGUGACAAACCCAUGAUUGUUGUCUCAUACAAAGGUGAGGAGAAGCAAUUUUCAGCUGAGGAAAUCUCAUCCAUGGUCCUCACUAAGAUGAAGGAGAUUGCGGAGGCUUACCUUGGAUCGACAGUUAAGAAUGCUGUAGUGACGGUACCUGCCUAUUUCAACGAUUCUCAGCGUCAGGCGACAAAAGAUGCCGGUGUUAUUUCUGGUCUGAAUGUGAUGCGCAUAAUUAAUGAGCCUACGGCUGCUGCCAUUGCUUAUGGUCUUGACAAGAAGGCGGGAAGUUCAUUUGAGAAGAAUGUGUUGAUUUUUGAUCUCGGGGGUGGUACUUUUGACGUUUCUCUUCUUACCAUUGAAGAGGGUAUCUUUGAAGUUAAGUCAACAGCUGGUGAUACACAUCUUGGGGGAGAGGAUUUUGAUAAUCGGAUGGUGAAUCACUUUGUACAGGAGUUCAAGAGGAAGCACAAAAAAGACAUUAGUGGCAACCCGAGAGCGCUUAGGAGAUUGAGAACUGCUUGUGAGAGGGCAAAGAGAACGUUAUCUUCAACUGCCCAGACUACUAUUGAGAUUGAUUCUUUGUACGAGGGCAUUGAUUUCUACACGACUAUCACUCGUGCUAGAUUUGAGGAACUUAAUAUGGAUUUGUUUAGGACGUGUAUGGAACCAGUCGAGAAGUGUCUGAGGGAUGCUAAGAUGGACAAGAGCAGUGUCCAUGAUGUUGUACUUGUUGGUGGCUCGACUCGUAUUCCGAAGGUACAACAAUUGCUACAAGACUUCUUUAACGGAAAGGAGCUCUGCAAGAGCAUCAAUCCCGAUGAGGCUGUUGCGUAUGGUGCGGCUGUUCAAGCUGCGAUUUUGAGUGGCGAGGGCAAUGAGAAGGUUCAAGAUUUGUUGUUAUUGGAUGUCACUCCUUUGUCUCUUGGUUUGGAAACUGCAGGAGGUGUAAUGACUGUCCUUAUUCCGAGAAAUACAACAAUCCCAACUAAGAAGGAGCAAGUUUUCUCCACGUAUUCGGACAACCAGCCUGGUGUCUUGAUCCAAGUGUACGAAGGUGAAAGAACCCGAACCAGAGAUAACAAUUUGCUCGGGAAGUUUGAGCUGUCUGGCAUACCGCCAGCACCUCGGGGUGUUCCUCAGAUAAAUGUCUGUUUCGACAUUGAUGCCAAUGGCAUCUUGAAUGUUUCGGCUGAGGACAAGACAACAGGUCAAAAGAACAAGAUUACCAUUACAAAUGAUAAGGGAAGACUGUCCAAGGAAGAAAUCGAAAAGAUGGUACAAGAUGCGGAGAAAUACAAGGCUGAGGACGAGGAACUGAAGAAAAAAGUUGAGGCCAAAAAUUCUUUGGAGAAUUACGCCUACAACAUGAGAAACACUAUCAAGGAUGAGAAGAUUGCUUCCAAACUUCCUGCUGCUGACAAGAAGAAAAUUGAGGAUGCUGUCGACUCGGCCAUACAAUGGUUAGAAGGGAAUCAACUUGCAGAGGUUGAUGAAUUUGAAGACAAGAUGAAAGAACUGGAAAGUAUUUGCAAUCCGAUUAUUGCAAAAAUGUAUCAGGGUGGUGCUGCUGGCCCUGACAUGGGCGGAGGCAUGGAUGAGGACGGGCCUUCUUCUGGUGGCACAGGUCCAGGCCCUAAGAUUGAGGAAGUUGAUUGAGAAUGAAAUUUGUUUCUUCCUUCCUAUAGAUUAUUUAAGUGUUCAUGUUUUGAGAAUCUGUCUUUGAACUGUUCUCUUGGGACUCGUCUGUUAUUGGUGCUUGGCAAAAGCACAAUUUUCAUUCAUGUUUUGUACUGUUUUGGUGUUCACUUUUAAAUUUUAGUAGAUUUUUAUAGCCAA